AACAGAAUAGUUUCAACGCGAUUGUUAUACGAAGUAAAAAAGUUACUGUAUUAUUGUGUCCACUUUGUACAUUAUUAAGUUUUUUAAAAAUAAUUAACUGUAAUUAAAUUGACACUAAUGUGAAAUUUUAUGGACUAUAUAUUAUACCACAAUAGUUGUCAGUAAAUAAUUAUUUACCUAUUUUAUUUUAUUGAUUGUUAAGUAAAAAUUGAGGUUAUUGCUCGUUGAGAAUUUCUAAUAUUUUAGCGGUAAAUUUAAAAAAUGCCGGGAUCACUUUUACAAAACGUAGCACUAAAUUUUCGAUUUAUUUUUCGUGAUACAACUAAAAUUAAACGAUUGUGGUCAUCAGUGUCAAGUACAAAUAAUUUAAAAAACGAAGAUGAAAGACGACAGCAAAUAAUGGGUAAAGGACUUCCAAAACAAAAAGCUAUAAAAGGUGUUAAACAAGUAUUACUAGUCGCAUCUGGUAAAGGUGGAGUUGGUAAAUCUACAACAAGUGUUAAUUUAGCUACUGCAUUGAAAAUCAUCGAGCCAAACAAAGCAGUAGGUUUAUUAGAUGCUGAUAUUUUUGGACCGACAAUUCCAUUAAUGAUGAAUCUUCAUCAAACACCUUUACUCAAUGAUAAUGAUUUAAUGGAACCUCUUGUUAAUUACGGUGUUAAGUGUAUGUCUAUGGGGUUUUUGGUUGACGAAAAAUCUCCAGUUAUUUGGAGAGGAUUGAUGGUAAUGAGUGCAUUAGAGAAAUUACUUCGACAAGUUAAUUGGGAUCCACUUGAUUAUCUUAUAGUGGACACACCUCCUGGAACUGGAGAUACUCUUCUUUCUUUGAUUCAAAAUAUUCCUAUCAGUGGUGUUGUUAUUGUUACAACUCCUCAACGGGCAGCAUUAGACGUAGCUCGAAGAGGAGCUAAAAUGUUUCAAAAAAUGAAAGUUCCUAUAGCUGGACUUGUUGAAAAUAUGACGAGUUUAACGUGUCCAAAUUGCUCGGAACAAGUGUCAUUAUUUGGUGAAGGAGGCACACUUUUAUCCAAAGAAUUAGGUAUUCCAAUCUUAAAAAAAUUUCCUUUAGAUAGAGAGACAACAGAGUCUGGGGAUCUAGGAAAACCGAUUGUUCUAGCCUAUCCAAAUUCUACACAAGCUACUUUAUAUAAAGAGUUAGCACAAAAUAUUGUAAUUUUUUUACAAAAACAAAUCAAUUCGUCGUGAUAUUUUUUGUACUGAUUUACUAAAAUCUUAAUUUAAGUUCUCUACAGUUGAUUGUUAAGAUUAAAAAAUAAACGUACUAAUUAUUUAAUAAUUUUCCUAAGACUAUUUAAUUUUAUCUGAAAU